AUGAAGUCCUUCUCCAUCCUGGGAGCUACUCUUCUUGGGCUCCUCACUCCAGUCGCCAUUGCAGCUGCGAUUCCGGCUGAAGUCGCUGAGCUCGCUCCUUUCACGCCAAAGCGGGGCGGCCUCGAGGAACGUCAAUCACCAGCUACAUGUAUAAAUGUUGGCCAUACUGCUACUACGAGGCACUGCUGGGCCCCUGGUUUCACUUCUUCCACGGAUAUGUACACAUCCUGGCCGAAUACCGGCGUAAUUCGUUCAUACAACCUUCGCAUCGAAAACACGACGUGCAACCCUGACGGCGCAGGUUCCAGGGUUUGCAUGUUGAUCAAUGGUAGAUAUCCAGGUCCAACGAUUGUUGCAGAUUGGGGCGACACGAUCAGAGUUACUGUCCGCAACCUCCUUCAAUCGAAUGGCACUUCCAUCCACUGGCAUGGCUUCCGCAUGCUCAACAAGAACAUCCAGGAUGGUGUCAAUGGAAUCACCGAGUGUGCACUGGCACCCGGAGACUUCAAAACCUAUGAAUUCCAAGCAACCGAAUAUGGAACUACAUGGUAUCACUCACAUUUCUCGCAUCAAUAUGGAGAUGGCGUCGUCGGAACGGUUAUCGUGAACGGCCCUGCUACGGCAAACUACGACGUCGAUCUUGGAGUCAUGCCAAUCACCGACUGGUACUACAAGACCGCUUACCAAGCCGCCUCCAUCGCAUUCCAGAAUGGCCAAGCUGGAUUGGGCCCUCCGGUCGGUGACAAUAUCUUAAUCAACGGGACUGCUAAAAAUGCUGCAGGAGGAGGUGCAUGGAACAAUGUGGCCAUUCAAGCAGGUAAACGCUACCGCCUGCGACUCGUCAAUACCGCAGUCGAUACCAACAUGGUUGUAAACCUUGAUGGUCAUCCCUUCCAGGUCAUCGCAACAGACUUCGUCCCCAUCAACCCGUACAACACUACUCACCUACAGAUUGGUAUCGGCCAACGAUACGAUGUGAUCAUUACCGCGAAUCAGACCGCUGGAAAUUACUGGUUCCGUGCUGUCGCAGACGGACUUUGUCAAUCGCGCAAUGCUCGCGAAGGACGCGCCAUCUUUACAUACCAAGGCCAGACUGUGGCUGACCCCACCUCAACUGCACCAGCUAUUCCUUUCACAGCAUGUGUCGAUCCGGUCACUAGCCCAAAGAUUGCAAAGAAUGUCCCCAGCACAACCUUCGCCGCCCAAGCCAAGAACCUCCCAAUCGCUUUCGGUCCAGUAGCGGCGAACGGCAAUACAGUACUAUGGACUAUCAAUGGCACUUCGAUGAUCAUCGAUCCCGGAAAACCGACCAUCAAGUACGUCGCGGAUGGCAACAACAACUUCCCUCAAUCAUAUAACGUUGUAGAGGUACCGUCAACUUCGUCAUCUACAUGGACCUAUUGGGUCGUACAACAGGCCGUUGGAGCGCCGCCGAUCGCUCAUCCAAUCCAUCUCCACGGCCACGACAGCUACAUCCUCGGUGCGGGUGAUGGGCAGUUCAACGUAGCCACCCACCUUAGCCAGCUACGUUUCACUAACCCGCCGCGUCGCGACGUUACUCAGCUCAAAGGCAACGGCUGGCUUGUUCUUGCCUACCCAACGGAUAACCCAGGUGCGUGGUUGAUGCACUGCCAUAUCGCCUUCCACGUUGGCAUGGGUUUGAGCGUUCAAUUCCUUGAGCGCAAGCAGUCCAUAAAUCUUCCCGCUGCCGGCUCUGAGUGGUACAACAACUGCAACAACUGGGCAGCCUACAAGGCUGGUACGACGGACGUCUGGCCUCAAGACGACUCUGGUCUCAAGAAGCGCUGGCCUCCUCUCAUUGAGGGUGGCUCGAAGUUCAAGCUGGAUUAG